GUGAAUGAAGUCGCACCCGUCUUCUUCUUCUUGAAUAGAAGGUAAUGUCACUGUCACUGUCAGAACUUUCCUCAGUCAUCAACACAUCCAAUGUCAUUUGGUUGUGUCGGACAUUCAGACAGCUGCAAUUUGCACUUUGUAGUUUCUAGCCAUACAUGGAAUUUACCUGACGAUGUUGUGAAACGUCAUUGAUUUUGACAUCAUGGAUGGUAGAAGAAAGUUAUUCCGUAUCAACAGGCGACGAGAGUUGGGUUGUAACGAUGAGCGAACGACGAGAGAGGCAAUACUCGGGAGUCCAAACUUUAUGCAGCGGUUGAGGAUCGAAGCCAAACUUGAUAUUCAUCGAGGUUGUGUGAAUACCAUAUGCUGGAAUGACAGCGGCUAUAGAAUCUUGUCUGGCUCUGAUGAUAAACAGCUCUGUAUCACCGACCCUUACCUUCGCAAGAAACUUGCUACCAUUGCCUCUGGACACCGAGCUAACAUCUUCAGUGCUAAGUUUAUGCCGUGUUGCAAUGAUAGUCAGAUUAUUUCUUGCUCCGGCGAUGGUCAGAUCUCGUUUAACAAUGUGGAGAAUACAGCACAGCAUGGACAGAAUAUAUUUAACUGUCAUUAUGGCACUGCCUAUGAGGUAGUGACGAUACCAAAUGAUCCAAACACAUUUCUGUCGUGUGGAGAAGACGGGACAGUUCGUUGGUUUGAUCUGCGCACAAAGAGUAGAUGUUUAAAGGAUGAAUGCAGAGAGGAUGUUUUGAUCAACUGUCGUCGUGCUGUUACUUCCUUAGCCGUCAAUCCAAUCAUGCCUUACCAGCUUGGAGUCGGGUGCUCUGAUAGCUCAGUACGGGUCUUCGAUCGCAGGAUGCUGGGAACUAGGUCCACAGGCAACUACAGCGGCCGCGGUAUCCAGGGCAUGUUCUGCCGGUUCUGCCCGCCACAUCUCCAGAACAAGUACAAUCGUCCGACCUCUCUGCAGUACUCGGCCAGCGGCAACGAGCUCCUAGUCAGCUACUCCUCAGACUACAUCUAUCUCUUCGGUACCGAUGCCUACAAGAAGGAGAUUGCGUUCGCCAGACAGGAAGGGGCGUCUGAGGCGAGGGGAGAUGCCAGCGGGGCCGCCUCAUUCGCUGACGAUGAGAAUCCUGUGGUGAAUCCAAUCAAGAGGCUGCGUCUACGCGGAGACUGGUCCGAUACCGGACCCAAAGCCAGACCGAGAGGAGAACAAGCGGAGUCCCAGCCUCGUCUGACCAUCAUUCAGCGGAUGUCUGAGAUGUUGACACGUUGGUUGGACGAUUCUACAUCCUCACAUGCCAGGCGUAUUGCGACUGCUUCAACAGAGGGCAGUAACCAAGAGGUAGCAGCUGCAGCUUCAGCCAGUGAGCCUGGAACAGCCACAGCACAACCUACAAGUUCCCGGUUCAGUUCUCUUCAGAGUACAUCAACUGAAGAGCAAUCAGCCAGUCAAACCAUGCAGAAACGUCUGAAGGACAGCAUGACGUCCAGAAUGAUGAACAAGAAACCUAGCUCCGCCAGUUCGGAGGAGCCAGGCCUUGAGGAGCCAGGCCCCGAUGAGAGCCCCAACCCAUUGAUCAGCCCUACUCAAGUUGACCAAGUCACGACCUCCUCGCAACUUGUCGGCAGCGAUGCUGCCCCGGCUGUGCAGGGGGAAUCGUCAGAGAUGUGCAUCUCCUCGCCAGGAUUGCCUGAGAAUGAAACGGAAUCGGAAAGACUGAUACUUGGCGACAGAGAGAUCCUCCAAGAAGGCUCAUCAUCAACAGAGGGAAUCAGUGCAAUAUCAAGCAGUGUGCAAUCAUGUAUGCAGAUAAGAGACUCACAAACUGACAGCUGUCCAGCAGCACAAGAUGCUGACGGUGAAAUUAUGGACACUAGUGAUGGAAAUUCUGACUCUAAGAAAAGGAAGAGGAGCACGCAUAGUUCGUUGUCCUCGAGCAGCCUGACGGAUGACCCUGCUUUAGAUACGGUUGCUCCGGAUGGGCUUGGGAAGCUACGUGGCAAGCGCAACAGCAAAACACAAAGGAGAGUCACCGAGGAUGGAUCUGAAGACGGCUCCAGCUCAAGUGAUUCAGAUGGUGAUGAACUCGCCAACAGGAAAUCCAGUGGUGCAGAGAAUCUGGCACACAAGCAGAGUCGUCAACCACAAAACAUCAGCCCACCACCAGAACGUGAUACCACCGAUUGCUCAGAGGCAAGACCCAGCAGUGAGAAGUACCCCAAACUAGAAUUGGACAAAACUUCAGAAGAAAAGACACUGGAUAAGAGCAAGAGUCAGGUCUCAGAACCAAAGGAUGGAACUCUUAAGCUUCUUCCUAAAACUGGAGAAGGUGCUUGUUUAGAGGCAAGCACGAGUAGAAGCCAUGGUGGGGGAAGAGUAGCACAGCAGCAGGAACAAGAUCAGGGAAAUCAGAAUCAUCCUGUCAGGAGACAGUCGGAGAUAUUUGCUCUGAGAGAAAGAAUGGAAGAUACUAACCCUCAGGAGAGACAUACUGGUCAGUUCACCACAGCGAACCAACGCCAGCGCCGUGUGAGUGUGAGUGGUCCUGCAGGAACCCCGCCACCAGCACAUCUCCCAACAAGCAGUUCCUGUCAGGAUCUUGCGUCUCAAGCUGUCCCCGAGGAUCGGUUAGAUUCGACACGAGGUGCUGGAGCAUCAGCGUCUACCGCACAAGAGCCUGAGAGUCGAUCUAUCACUUGUAGUGAGAGCGAUAGUGACGAUGACUUUGUCCUAAGACCAACACGACGUAGAAGACAUACACGUCAUGAGAGUAACGAGGAAGAGGUUCGGAGGCCCCGCACACCGAGCGUGAGCGAGUUUCGAUUCCGAGAGCUGAUCCGAGCUAAGCGAGAAGCCAAAGAGAGAGAGGAGUUACAAUUGAGUAACGUCAUGACCCCAGAGUUCAAGAUGGUCUACAAAGGUCAUAGGAACUCCAGAACUAUGAUCAAGCAAGCUAACUUCUGGGGCAGUGACUACGUGCUGAGUGGCUCUGACUGUGGCCAUAUCUUUAUUUGGGAUCGUCACACCACUGAGCUAGUUAUGCUGCUCGAGGGCGACAAACACGUUGUUAAUUGCGUACAGCCUCAUCCAUUUGACCAUUUACUGGCAACCAGUGGAAUAGACUACGAUGUCAAGUUAUGGUCACCUACAGCAGAGAUGGCUCACUUGCCAGACGAUGCGGCUGAGGUUAUGAGAAUCAAUGAGUUGAUGUUAGAUGAAACUAGAGAUACCAUCACUGUACCACCGUCAUUUAUGCUGAGAAUGCUAGCAUCUCUAAACCAUCUCAGGGCUGAGCGAAGACGUUCGCGUGAGUCGGGCUCUAGCAGUGAGAGCACAGAGGAGGAAAGCUGAGCCAUGAGUAGAGGUAUCAAUGAGUAAACAUAGAUAUAGAUUUGGAGAUGAUCGUUAGCAGCCAUAGAGUUAUAUAUGAAAAGUAGAGAGCAUAAAACCAUCUACCUAUUAUAAACCUUUUCUCAAAUACCCCUAGCGCAAGUGCUAACUGUUGAAUGAGGUGCAUGCUGGUCUACCUUGAUCGCUAGCUAGACCAGCAUGCUGGUCUACCUGGAUCGCUAGCUAGACCAGCAUGCACCUCAUUUCCACGCCUGACGCGCGUGUACUGAGUAUUGUGAUAAGGUAUAUGGCGAGACAAGAAGCCCUCUUUCCCAUUGACAGAAUGGUACUUUAAUACCCUUCAUGUAAAACAGGUCACACAUCAGGGCCCAAUUUCAUAGCGCUGCUAAGCACAAAAAUUGCUUAGCAUUAAAUUUCUCCCU